AUUUUUUUAUUUCCCUGUCAAAUAAUGACGCUAAUUGAAGAAAAACAUCAAAAUCAUUUAACCCCACAAACAUCUGCAUAUCAUCAAAAUGAAAAUAUUUCUCCAGAUAAUCAGCAACAAAUUGUUUGUACAGAAGUUUCUGAAGCUAUUCUUGCUCAGGGUAUUGAUGAUUUAACUAGCUGGGCAGCCGUUCAAUGUGCAAUAGCAGCUGCAUAUGGAUGUUUAUUUUUGUUAGGAUUACUUGGAAAUGGUUCUGUUUUGUUAGCUUUUGCUCAAAAUAAACGUCUUCGUUCAACCAGAAAUCUUUUUCUUUUAAAUUUAAUACUUACUGACAUACUUUUGUGCCUUACGGCCGUCCCAGUAACUCCUUGGUAUGCUUUAACAAAAGAUUGGGCUUUUGGCCCUUUAAUGUGCCGACUUGUUCCUCUUUCAAAUUCUUGUGCUGUUUUUGUUACUUCUUGGUCACUUUGUGCUAUUGCUUUAGAUAAAUUUUUACAUAUAAUUGACCCAACAAGAGGACAAUUUUCAUUAAGAACAGCAGCUACAAUUACUUUUGUUAUUUGGAUUAUAUCUACUUUGUUAAACAUUCCUUAUUUACUUUCUUACAAAUUAGUUAAUGGUGAUUAUUAUGUCCCUCGUAAUUCAACCCCAUUUUGUGGACAAUUUUGUGAUGAGCUUAAUUGGCCAGAUGAUACACAAAGAAGACUUUAUGGAACAGGAGUUAUGCUUUUUCAAUUUGUUUUGCCUAUGGCAAUAAUUACUUAUUGUUAUUGGCGAAUUUUAAGAAAAGUACACAAAGAUAUGAUUGUUCAAAAUGCCCAAUUUUCUCAAUCAUUAAGUAAUACACAAAGAACAGAUGCUUUAAAUAGAAAAAAGAGAGUUAAUUAUAUACUUAUUGGAAUGGUAAUUGCCUUUAUUGGUUGUAAUACCCCAAUUACGGCUGUUAAUUUAGUUAAAGAUUUUAAACAAGAACCAGCUUGGUUAAAACAACAACCAUUUUUAUGGCCUUUAAUAGCUCAUGUUAUUGCAAUGUCAGCAGUUAUUUGGAAUCCUUUUUUAUUUUUUUGGUUAACAGCAAAAGACAAACAAAAAGGUGCAAAUCUAAGUGGUAUUGCUACUGCAACUAGCGAAAUAAUAACUUCAUUAGUAUCACGUAUGCACAGUUUAAGAAGUAAUAACGGGCAAUCUAAAGAUGAGGAUAUUCGUUAUAAACGUCGAUUUGGCCGAAAAACUGCUCGUCAUUUAUAUAGAGCAGAAUCAGAAACAACAACAAGUACUAGCCAUCGAAGACAAAUUUUAUCAAAUGGACUUACUUUUAGUGAUUCCCUUAGAUUAAAUGGUUAUGGAGGGAAUAGACAACAAUGGAUUCAAAUGCGUCCAUUGGUAAUAUUCCAAAAUGGACAACAAUUUUAUAAAGAAAAUUGUGGCAACGAAGAUAUUAAUCAAACAGAAAAUAUUUCGAAUAGCAGUAGUAAUGGAGGAAGGAGAACAACUUUAAAUAAAACAACUUCUUUAGGUGUUGACGCUAUUUAA